GAACAACAAGCGAUUGCUAUUAUGAAAAGUUCAUUGUAGAGCUCACACUGUUUUUGGAAUGUUGCUGCCCGGGGAGCCUGUUUGCACACACGUCAAAGGCUUGCAUCCAUGUGCUGGCAUUCGCGCUCCUGCAUUAUGGCCUUGUCUUUUCAGAACCCUAUGCCCAUAGUCACAAAGCUUUCAAUGUUCCCACUGCUUCUUACGUUCUAGAUUUCCUUUUUUGAAUAACUACACCCGAAGUCCUUUGCUAUCCCAAUUCUUUGAAUUCUCCGAGAAGACAGACACUAUCGUCUUACAAUAGAGCAAUCCAUCGUAAGGGUAGCACUUCGUUCAAUAGACACAUCAUCGGCAGCGAGGUUGAGUAGAUUGUUUUCAGAUGGUCCUCAACAUGGAUUCCGAUCACUUUCAGCAAAACCCUCAACAUCACGAUUUGCCUUGGGACUUUCAAGCUUCGGAGAAUAUUGGAACAACAGCACAUCCGCAAGCUGAUGCUACAUUCCCAUCAUUUGAUGGACUACCUCGAAUGGGUCCAGAUCAGUACUUCAUGGACAGUUCAUCAUCAUCUCCCAUGCCCAAUAAUGACUAUAACCUUACUACAUCGCAAAUGCCGGGCUCGCAAAACUUGACAUCUUGGACCCAUCAAGCGCCAUUAACUUCUGUUUUUGCGGACGACCAAAAUGGCUACUCUUACGAUUGUCCAGCUGAUCUCUCUGGCCUUGAGCAACAAAAUUCUUUGAAGGCUUUCGAUAAUGUUCCUCGAACUACCUGGCAACAACCUUAUGCUAAUAUGGGCAUGACCUUACCGGUAUAUCCUUUUGAUACUCGCGACAAUUUUGGAUCUAUGGUAUCAUCAAGGGCUGACCAUGGCGAAAGAUCUAACGAUUGCAUAAUGAUGGAUACCACACACAAGACCAUCAAUUCUACGUCUCCUUCCAGCCUAUGUUCUGAAGAGGAUGGACACAGCUCACGCGAGCCUACUGCAAUGGACGUCGACGCUGACGGUCAAGGCGCAGAUGAGCAGCCAUAUGCAAAAUUGAUCUAUCGAGCAUUGAUGAGUGCACCAGACCAUUCCAUGGUUCUACAAGAAAUCUAUCGUUGGUUCCGAGAAAACACCACUAAAGGGAGCUCGGAUACCAAAGGUUGGAUGAAUAGCAUUCGUCACAAUCUAUCAAUGAAUGCUGCAUUCAAGAAGACAGAACGGAAGAUUCCUGGAGAAGAAACGAAAAAGUCUACUGAGUGGGUUUUGGAAGAUUUCGCAAUCAGAGAUGGGGUUCAGUCUACAACUCGAUAUCGCAAAGGGACAGGUAGCAAGAAAUACCCAAAAUCAGAAACUACUCCAAGUCAAAAUUUUCUAGGUCGACACAAUUACAAUGCGAUCAAAAAGCCUUCCUUUCACUCUGUUGGCAAAGGAAAGCUACAACGUCAAAGAGGCAGAGAUGAUUCAAGUUCAAGACGAAUGCUCUCAACAUCCUCUAGAUCGGAACCCGCAAGAUAUCCAGGUAGUCAAUUACAUACCUCAGAUGUAACUUCUGUUCCAAGAUCUCCACGACGACUACCUCUGACACCUGCACAGGAGAGCUCCGGAACUUACAGUCCUAUCAUCAAAGAGGAAAUCUACAAUCCCGCAUACGAUCUCUAUAGAUUUGAGGAUUGCCAAGGAGUGCUUCCUGAUGACCAAGACCCGCUUUUUAUGGACAAUCAAAAUACACAGUUCAUGCAGGUUCCUCCGAUGUGCGCGAACAACCAAUACUAACCAUUGAAAAUUGUUGGGUGACAGAGUAUCGAAGUGUUUGUUAUGUAUUGUAAGGGUGGCAGAUCUGCUUUGAUACAUCGAAUAGAUGCACAUUUCGUUUGCUAUCAAAACAUUGCAUUGCUGGGGGUUCAUUGUAUGUACCGGGAUCUAAUGUUGCGGUUUCUUGUCUAUUUGCUAUAGCUUGUCCGGAGGGUAGUUGUCCAAGAUCUCUAAUUUCUUUGAUCAGUGGCAUCAGCGGAAAAAUUUCAAAUAUCAUGGGCGUUUGUAUGUAGGGUUGUUCCA